AUGUCUCAAAACGUUGACUCUGUAUUUGCAGAGGCAGUUGCCUACCAAUCAGCGCUCGAAUGUCAAGACGAAGAUAUAAAGAUCAUAAAGGGGAAUCGAGCGGUGGCUGGAUUGGUGGAUUCUCGGAGAGCCAACUUUCAUCCGCUCGUGUCAUUCAACCUCCGCCUGCUUGCCCUCGACGGCGGCGGCGUGCGCGGCCUGUCCGCCUUGAUGAUCCUCGAACAGCGUCGAUGCACCAAUGAGGCGUUGCAAAGGUACGAGGAGGCACUAGGAUCAGAAGACAUAUUGACUUUGGAGACGAUGGGCUGUCUGGGCAUGAUUUACGUCAACCAAGGCAUGCUGACGGAGGCGGAGUGUACGAUCAAGAGAGCAGCUGAGGGGUUGAGCGAGAUGCUAGCACCGAAGUCUGCACCAGUAUUGCGGGUGGGUGGUAUUCUAAGCAUGUUGUAUAAUAAACAGGGCAAUUUGGGGGACGCAGAAUAUUCUUUUAAGCAAGUAUCGCAAAGGAUGGAGGAGACACUUGGGCCUAAGCACGUGUCAACGUUGUUGGCAUCCAACAACUUGGGUAUUCUUUACAAGAAUUAA